AUGUAUCGUCCACCACCCCUUUACAGCAUGGGACCAAGUGCUACGCCCUCUCCGUCCGACCCGCCGUCUUCCCGCCCGCUCGCCGGUAUCCCCUCCUUCCACGAGCGCGACCUCCAGCCGCACCUUACCACUGUUCGCGCUCAAUCUUUGAGGUCUUACGAGGAACUGGAGCCCGCGAGCCCGCGGAGCGACGGUGAAGGUGAUCGCGGCGCGGGUGGCCAGGAUGGUUGGUGGCCAGAUCACCAGCGUUCGAGCUCGGGGAUGCACGAACGUAUGGCCAUGGGCGGAGACUAUGACAACACGAUGUCUGACCACAUUGCUGCGCCUGUGCCGCAGCCGAAAAUUGGGUUUUCGUCUCCCACCUCGGCGCAUCUUCUUAAACCCCUGCCAUCAUCAGGACCAAUCUCAUUUGAACCCGAUCUCCUUCAGCCGGAGGGAUUCGUGGAUGCUGCACCACUGUUCGUCGCAGGAUUUCUAUCCGUGGACCCGAGCACGGAUGGACUCGAUAACAUCAUAAAUGGUGCCAUCCCUUCUUCAGCUCUCGGCGAAUAUACCUCGUUGACGGAGCAGAUCGCCCGCGAGAACCCCCAUCUCCGCGAACAGCUUUCCAUCGACCUUCAGAACAGCUCCCCCAACUCGCUCGAGGUCGGUGUAGUAGGAAAUCUGCAGGAAGACAUCGAUGCGUUUUGUGUGUCUGACGCCGACUGGGACAAGCACCCGCUCGUGAGCGAGGGCGUUCCCAGAGGUCCGAGCAUCGCUGCUGAGAACUUCUACGGGGAAGACACUCACGUCUCGGACUGCAACAUCGACAUUUCCAUGUCGUCCAGCGACGCCGAAGACGACGAAGACAUGGAGCCCUGCGGCCCAAUACUCCCUUCGGAGCUGACGAACUCCCCAGCUUCUUUGUCCACCUGCGCUCCCGCAUCGGUGCCAACGUCAAUCACCGCAAGGUCCUGGUACGCCAGUCUCUACUUAGACGCGGAGCCGCUCCCAACCACCACCCGAUACCUCGCACCCGACAAAAUGCCCAUCCCCGAGAAGAGUCGAAAACACAAGCGAGUGAAUCCUUUGCGAAAGCGAGUUCCCCGCCUCGAGGAAGACUCGUCCGCCGUUUUCGUCGUUGGGUUCGGCGGGCUACAUGUUGACGGAGUCUCUUGGAAGUCCGACUCGAAGACUGGAGACGACCUCGUCUUCUACAAUGUCCAAGGCAUCGUCCGCUCCUGCCGGCACCGAAGUACAGCUACCACUGUCAACGUGCUACCCUCUCCCAAACAAACCGAACCCACUGAGUCAACCAAAGGCCCUCCCUUCGGCGUCCCCCUCACCCGCACUGUCAGUGGUGGCCUCCGCUACAUAGCUCUCGAUUACUCUGACGAAGGAUACUUUUCUGAUUCCGACGUCACUGUCGAAGAGGUUACAGAGGAUGAAGACGAAGAGACGGAACGAGCGAUGGCACUCGCUAUGCACUAUUCCAUGAACUCGCGUAUUCCUGCUGAGCUACAAGGUGCUUCUCACGACGACGAGGGCGAAGAGGACGCUAUCAACCAAUACAACUAUGCGAUGGCCACCCUCGCGGCCACCACCGCGUAUCGCGACGAUCAUAAGCCGAACUCAUGUGCUCCGCCCAUUGACGCUCCUGCAUCCGCCGAGAUCGAGAUGGUCCGCGCCUACGGCAUUGACUUCAACGCUGGUGCUCUAUACCUGUCUUGCUUUUACCAGGGCACUUUACCUCUUCGGCGGCGCAUCAUUCCUACGACGUUGUACGAGACUGUGAUCCAGGGUGAACCCGAGUUCCGUAGCCGUACUGGCCUCGACAAGUCGGGCGUUUUCGUGCCGCGUGUUCCUCCAAAGGGUCUCGACACCAGGUCGGCACUGAGGAAGGCGCGCAAGAGCAUUCAGGGGAAACUCGCCCAACAAAUCGAGCCCAAGAAGCUCCGGCACGCGCCACGUCCCGUCAGCCAGGACUCCGAGCCGCGCCUCCACGUUCGCUCGCGCGAGCCGCCUUCGCCCGUUCCAACUCGUAUAAUUGCUCGCAAUCGGAGGUGGUACCGUCACCGCUCCAGUCUCCCUCUGGACAUCACUCAUCUCGUUCUAGCCUCUUCGGAGGACUAA